AUGUCUACCGAAAUUCAACACAACGGCGCUCUGGAAAAGGACGUUGGUGCUGGCUCCGCGAGCACUGCGACCAUGGACCACAGCCUCCCCAUCCAUCCGCAAAUGUCGGCCGAGGAGCACGAGGUUGCCAAGGCUGCUGCUCGUUUCGGAUAUGGACCUCUGGCGCAGGUCAACCCCCAGGAUGCUCGUCUGCGUCCCUUUGGUGGUGAAUUCCAGCCUGGUCUCUACAAGCCCGUCGAGAACCGCAAGUUCGCCAACCCGGCUCCUCUUGGCCUGUGCGCUUUCGCGCUCACUACUUUCGUCCUGAGUGCUAUCAACAUGGGUACUCGUGACAUCCCGCUGCCGAGCAUUAUCAUCUCUCUUGCUUUCGGUUACGGUGGUCUGGUUCAGCUGUUGGCUGGCAUGUGGGAAAUGGCAGUCGGAAACACUUUUGGUGCCACAGCGCUCUCUUCGUAUGGAGGUUUCUGGAUCGCCUUUGCUAUUGUCUUGACUCCAGGCUUCAAUAUUGAAAACAGCCUCGUUGCAAAGGGCGCCCCUGCCUUCAAUAACUCUUUGGGUCUCUUCUUGAUGGGAUGGUUCAUCUUCACCACGAUCCUGCUCUUCUGCACCCUUCGCUCCACCGUGGCCUUCUUCCUGCUGUUCUUCUUCCUGGAUCUGACCUUCUUGCUGCUGGGAAUCGCCUACUUGAUGCCCGUCGGUAAUGAUCCUAACCCCUCCAUCCAAAAGGCUGGUGGUUUCUUCGGCUUCCUUGCUGCAUUUGCCGCUUGGUACAAUGCCCUCGCCGGUCUUGCCGACAACAGUAACAGCUUCUUCAUCAUUCCCGUUGCUCACUUCCCCUGGUCCCCGACUGGCAUCAGCCGCCGCACCAAGACCGACCGUGAGCUUGCGUAA